GGGGGCCACUUGCGCAUGCGCGGUAACAGCGACGAUAAUGUGAAGUUGGACACCUCUGAUUAUUAGCCUGCUAGCCAUUCCAGCAGCAAAGAGGGGCUUUGAUACGUCUUCAUUUUCCCCUCACCUCCCUCGGACACGGUGGAGUCGGCAGCAGCCAGCGAAAGGAAGGUAGAUUGUAGAUAGUCGUGACAGAAAGACCGGGAUAUUGUGAUUUUUUUUGUCCACCUGCAAGCCAAGAGAACGCGGCGAGGAUGAAGCUACGGUGGGGAUGGACGGGUCUGCUGCUGCUCUCUGUGGCCACAGCGGUCUGGGCCCAGGAGGAAGACCUGGAGGAUAAUGAGGCAGACGAGGCGCUGGUGGAGGAGGACUCUGAGGAGGCCGAGGGAGACGAGCCUGUUCCCGACAGUGACGUAUCCUUCCAGGUAACAUACAAGACUCCGGUCCCCACAGGUGAGGUCCACUUCUCCGCGACCUUUGAUGAAGGCUCACUCGAUGGGUGGCAGGUGUCAAAAACAAUGAAAGAAGAUGCGGACGAUGACAUUGCAAAAUAUGAUGGCAAGUGGGAGGUUGAACCCCUGAAAGAGAACAGAGUCCCUGGGGAUAUGGGGUUGGUGCUCAAAUCCAGAGCCAAGCACCACGCCAUCGCCGCCCUGCUGGACAAACCCUUCAUCUUUCAGGACAAACCCCUGGUCCUUCAGUACGAGGUCAACUUUCAAGAUGGAAUUGACUGUGGUGGGGCAUACAUUAAACUUCUCUCUUCAGCAAAAGACUUGGAUCUGGAACAGUUCCACGACCGCACUCCGUACACCAUCAUGUUUGGCCCAGACAAGUGUGGAGAGGACUAUAAGCUGCACUUCAUCUUCAGACACAAGAACCCCCUGAAUGGGGACCUGGAGGAGAAGCACGCCAAGCGGCCGGAUGUGGACCUGAAAAAGUUCUACACUGACAAGAAGACCCACCUCUACACCCUGGUGCUAAGCCCAGACAACACCUACGAGAUCUUCAUCGACCAGUCGAGGGUGAGCAAGGGGAGUCUGCUGACAGACGUGGUCCCCCCGGUGAACCCCCUGAAAGAGAUCGACGACCCCAACGACGCGAAGCCGGAGGACUGGGACGAGCGGGCCAAGAUCCCGGACCCUGAGGCCGUCAAACCCGACGACUGGGACGAAGACGCUCCAGCCAAGGUAGAAGACCCUGAAGCCUCCAAACCCGAGGGCUGGCUGGACGAGGAGCCAGAAUUUGUUUCUGACCCCAGUGCUGAGAAACCAGAAGACUGGGAUGAGGAGAUGGAUGGGGAGUGGGAGGCUCCCCAGGUGCCGAACCCUGCAUGUGAGACCGCCCCGGGCUGCGGAGAGUGGAAGCCACCCAUGAUCAGCAACCCCACGUACAAGGGAAAGUGGAAGGCCCCGCUCAUUGACAACCCCAACUACCAGGGGGUGUGGCGACCGCGGAAGAUCGCCAACCCGGAUUACUUUGAGGACCUCCACCCUUUCAAAAUGACUCCGUUCAGUGCGGUGGGGCUGGAGCUGUGGUCCAUGACCUCCGAUAUCUACUUCGACAACUUCAUCAUCACCCAGGACAAGGAGGUGGCUGACCGCUGGGCCUCGGACAGCUGGGGGCUGAAGAAGCUGGUGGCCAGUGCCAACGAGCCUGGAGUGAUCAGUCAGCUGAUGCUGGCAGCGGAGGAGCGGCCCUGGCUGUGGAUCAUCUACAUCCUCACGGUUGGCCUGCCAGUGGGCCUGGUGGUGCUCUUCUGCUGGCCAAAGAAAUCAGAUGACGACUACACAUACAAGAAGAUAGACAAACCUCCAGAGACAGCCCAGGAGGAGGAAGAGGACGAAGACGAGGAAGAUGAGCAGGAGGAGAGGGGCGAGCAAGAGGCCGAGGCCAAAGUGCCAGAGGACAUGGGACAUGGUGAAGAAGACGGGGAAGGUAAGCCUUUGGAGGCGGAGAUCAGCGGAGGCGCUGGGGACAACAGUCAGGAGGAUGAGGAUGAGGAAGAGGAGGGAGAGGAGGAGGAGGAGGAGGAGGAGGAGGAUGUAAGCAAGUCCAAUGAGACUGCGUCUGAGGAUGAGAUGAAGGACGCGGACGAGGGCAGCCAGAGCACCGCGGAGGGCCCCAAACAGGCGGUGAGAAAGAGGCGGGUACGGAAGGACUGAGGGGCCGCCCAGCAGCCGAGUGGUCCCUCUGGCCCCGCCCCGCUGCGGCCGCCCCUCCGCGGCACGCUCCACAGCAUGCAGGCUCUCCAGCCAGUGCCCGACAUGGCCGACCUGGCUCCCAUCCACCACUCCCCCCCUCGCCCUCCAGCUCCUCCCAGUGGCUUACCCCGACACCGCCCUAACUCCACCCCACUGCCGAUCAGUCUUCCUCUCCGGACGUAGUUCAUUUACUGGUACCCUCGGAAUGUUUUUAUUCAAAUUGAGCAAACUCCAGUUGUAAACGUCGAACACACCCUCCCAAGGUGUACUCAGUAACGCAGACUGGCCAGGACGUUUGAAAGGGCGCAGUUUUAUACCGUGUACAGAGACAAAGGACAUUUGCAGCUGUAAAAGCCUGCAAGCAGAUUAACUUUUACCUCUAGAGAUUCAAAAUGUUGCUUUAGUAACUUAUAAAUAAAGUCAAUGUUAGUUCAGUGUUUUUAAAAUGAUCUUAGGUCUGGUUCUGCACUGAAGAGCGAAAAUGCACUGAGUCUGUAAUAUAUUGUUCUUAUUCUAGAUUUUUUUGUUUGUUUUUCUUAAUUAUGCAGUUUGAAUGAAUUUUAGGGAGUUUUACAUGUGUAGUUACCACUGUUUGCUUGUUUGUGAGCCAAGGGUACCCCUGCAGGAGGAAGCAUCUGCAUUGAAACCUUAAGCUCACAGACGGCCGUUUCUAGGGAAUUUCUGAAACUAGUACUUCAUCUCUAAAGGCGGAGCAUCUUUCUGCAUUUACAAAGUGUGGUGUUCAGCCCACGAUUUUCCAGCUUUUAUAGUUUUAAUGUUGCCAGGUUAUGGCAGACCCCUGUUUACAAAUGUUUGCAAA